AUGGAUUUGGACAACUCGGAUAAGAAUACACCAAACAUGAGUGGGUCGGCCGGGGAAUUACAAGGAACCGUGAGUCCGCAGCGAGAAUACAUGAGCCCGCAGCGAGAAUCGCCAGGUUUUAAGAUGCCGAGGAUCAGCAUGUUCUCGAGGAAGCCGCGCUUAAAGCCGGAGGUGAUAGAGCUGGGACCACCGACGGAAGCUGACGACCCGUCGACGUCAAGUCACCUGAACAACAUAACCGCCGCCAGCACACACGGCAACGCUGGUGGCCCGGAUAUGAGCGCACAGGAGCAAGAAAACGAAGGCGUUUUCGACACACACAUCGCAGUACUGUACGAUAGGUACCUGAACAUGAAGGAGGCAAUUUCAAAUAAAAUAAGAGAUAAAAUAAUGGCGUUCAUGAGGGAUGAACUGGACAAUGACCCGGGAGAAGAGGAGUUGGACGUGGAGGGAGGCCUGGCACCACUGAGGGCAGAGUCGACGUACGAUCGAUUGGUGCUUAUCAUCACAAUACUCCUGGGCUUCGUAUUCAAGUCGCCGCUAAUGUGGAUCGUAGGAUCGUUCCUGUUUUUAAUCUACGGAAAUUUUAAAAGGAAAAUAAUAAAAGUAAGUAAGAAGAGCGACCACAGAGUUGUGGUAAUGCCCAUCCUGGGGACUGAUCAACCUGUUCCUUGCAUUAGUAAGCAUCGUGUACGGAGUUCAGAGUUGGGGAUUCACGGACCCACAGUAAGUUUGAGCCAGCAAACAGAUAUGUGUAUUCUAUCAUUUGCACGCACGGAAAACAAUCGAUACAUUAGAACGUUCAUGAUUAAGCCCGGAGGAAGGUCGAUUCUGCUGAGUAGACAGAAGCACGUUAAACUGGAGGAAGGAGUACUGAGCUACGAGGGGAAGGACGCAGUGCUCCUGACGAUAGAGGGGAACAAAAACUUGAAGUGGUCGAUAGUACACGAUAACAAGGAACACACCUUGAAGCACGGAAACUUUUCAAAUGAGCUCCUAGUGGAUAGUAAAUUGAUACCACCGUCGACAGAUAUGAUCAGGCUAAACCAUGAAAUUUUGGUCAAGGGGCUAGUUCAAGUGUCAGUAAAGUUCAAGACAGCACAACCGACACCAUCGCAGAGUUUUGAGCAGCCAAAGUCACACUAUUAUCCACUAUACCACAAGCCGUCAGUUCAGCCGUAUGAAGUGUCUUUCGAGUGCCAUCAAGUGGAACCGGGAGCACAUAAGAUAGAAAACACAGGGCCGACGUACCGCAUAGACUUCGACGAGGGGAUAGAUGACCCAGGAAAGAAUAAGAACCUGAAGGGAAUACGAAGGCCGAGAUUUCAGCCAUACAUUCAGGAAAGAAAGGAGAAUAAGAAGGUUGAUGAUAUGGAGGAUGAAUCAAAUCCGGAAAAUUUACCAGUAGAGGCAUUCGAAAAAGAGGACGAAGACGAGGACGAGUCCCCAAUAAAGGUAGACCCGCAAAAGGAAAAGGAAGAAAAAAGGUACAUAGGAGUGGAUGCGGUCGAAAGCGACGUGUUUGUUACACGGCUUUUCCACGUGAACACGUUGGCAAAGUGCUCACUAGUCCACAAGCCGAAGAGUGGAACGGACGUAGUAUCAGUUUACAUAAAGCGACUCCAGUAA